GUGAAAAUAAACCUGCUGCACAAUUGUUCACCGAUUGCCUAGUGAACAAGAAGUGAAGCCACGGAAUUGUGAAAAUAAAUUCCUUAGUUGUGUGAUUUUAUCUACCAUUCGAAGUGACGCGUCGAUCUGACUCGCAACUCGCUUAAUCGAAUCGCGAAGCUGAAAUCGCGCCAGUGAGAUGACGUUCAUAAUAACAGCCGGCACAAGACGGAAAUCCAGCGGCACGAGGAUUUCGCCGCCUAAGCAACCGUCUCGCAGAUUGGUUCUCGUCGGAUUAAUUUUGGCCACCAUGAUGUUCGAAAUAAGCGUAUCGAUGCCUUCGCCGAUAACGUCCAGGUCCGACGACCAACACGACGAGUCCGUUCGUCCAAGAUCAAAACGCCGUUGGCUGUUGCCGAGCGAAUUAAAUGUAGAUAGACAACGAAAGAUCGCACGUGACAGAAUACCAAACGACAAUAUAGUUUUCCCUGACCAGGAUCCGUCGCAUCUGCCAAGAACCUUCAUACCUGGACCAGAUCCGGCAUGCAUAGAUAAAACUUUCUGCGAGGAGACGGACUUCUACCCCGAGAACUACGUCAGCAACUUGAUAAAGCGGCAAAGCGAUCUCAAACAUCUGGCCGUAGUCGACAUGCUCGACGAUAUCACAGAGAGAUUCAACACAGACGACAGCACUCCUCUUUGCACCGCUUCGGAGCGGCUCAUCUAUCCCAAGACCGCUCAGAACAGAGAUGAAGAUUGGCUGUUCAUUGUGAACCAAGAAGGCUUCAGGCAAGGAAUCCGGAUCGAGACGUGCCAAAAACCCGAUGAACAAUGUUCGGUGACCGGUGAAUUUGGAAACGGGUACAAGACGGUAUGCAAGCAGAAAUACAUCUACCGUCAACUUGCUGCGAUAAGCGAAAACGGGACGGCGAUUCGUGAGUUGUUCAAGCUUCCAUCGAGCUGCUGCUGUCACGUCAAAAUACAAUUCCCUUUCAACUGGAUGAAGUUCAAAAGCCGAUCCAACCCGACACAGAACCGAUCAUCUACCGAAGUAUCGACGUAGAAAAAGUCCGGUCGAUCAUCGAUUGACGAUAGUACGAAAUUAACGAGCCAAUCGUGAAGAUAAUGGCUGUGCAGAUUUUCACCCGUGUUAACGAUGAUUAGAUUGUAGUUAGAAUAUCUCGGCGAAAGUAGGUAACUGUUAAAGAUUUUCGUUGGAAAGAAACAAAACAAUACGUGAUAAAACUUUGUUCCUUGACGGUGUAGCGAAAAAUUCAUUGUUUGAGCGCUGUUUGGAGAAUAUAGGAGAUACGUCGUUUAGUUUUUACUUAAUCAUAAAACAAUUAGAUUAUAUUAUUAUAUUGGAAGUUUGACUUUGAUGAAAACCAAAGAAUGUGACUUGUAUUGUA